UGUCAUUUUCUUGGGAGAAUCCUGUCAUUUUAAAAUGUUUAAAAAAAUAGCAUACAUUUUUUCUUUUCUCUUGAUGAUCAUCACCAAACCAGCAGAUGCCUUAAACAAUGGAUUGGCACUCACACCAACAAUGGGCUGGUUGCACUGGGAGCGAUUUAUGUGCAAUACAGAUUGCACAAAUGAUCCAAAAAAUUGUAUCAGUGAACAGUUGUAUAUGCAGAUGGCCGAUAUCAUGGCAAGUGAAGGGUGGAAGGAACUUGGCUAUGACUAUGUCUGUAUUGAUGAUUGCUGGCUUGCUUCAGACAGAGAUUCUCAGAAACGCCUUCAACCUGAUCCCAAACGCUUCCCGAGCGGCAUAAAAAAACUUGCCGACUAUGUACAUUCUAAGGGCCUCAAGCUUGGUAUCUAUGAAGAUGUGGGUCACAAAACUUGCGCUGGUUAUCCAGGUAGCCUUGGUUACUAUGACAUAGAUGCUAAGACUUUUGCAGAAUGGGGAAUUGAUCUUCUAAAGUUUGAUGGCUGUAACUUUGACAAUCUGGAUCAGCUUGUUAAAGGAUAUAUUGACAUGUCAAACGCCUUAAACAAGACUGGAAGAGACAUAGUUUAUGCCUGUGAAUGGCCUUUAUACACCUGGGAUGGUGGUCUGCAGCCAAAUUAUACAGCAGUGCGGCACUACUGCAACAGCUGGAGAAAUUUUGCUGAUAUUUAUGAUUCAUGGAGUAGCAUUAAGAGUACCAUAGACUGGGCUGCAGACCAUCAGGAAAUCAUUGUGCCUGCUGCUGGACCUGGUGGUUGGAAUGAUCCAGAUAUGCUUGUUAUAGGCAACUUUGGACUGAGCCGUAACCAGGCAGUGACCCAAAUGGCAAUUUGGGCCAUUAUGGCAUCACCUCUGAUAAUGUCCAAUGAUUUAAGAAAUAUAGAUGGUUAUUCCAAGUCUCUUCUUCAGAACAAGUAUGUAAUUGCUGUAAACCAAGAUGCACUGGGAGCACAGGGUCAGAGGAUCAGCAAGAGCAACAACUUUGACAUUUGGAAGAGGGAGCUAUCUGGAAACAGUUUUGCCCUCGUCUUCCUUAACAGGGAGGAAAUUGGAGGACCCCGUAGUAUUGCUGUCAUCUUGAAUGACCUAGGGGUGGACAGUUCUUGUAAAAUGUCUUGCGUGGUCACUCAGAUCCUCCCCACCUACGAGCAGUGGGGUAGAAAGAAUCUAACUGCAGUGCUGCAGUUCACUGUCAAUCCCACUGGAAGUGUUAUGUUGCGUGUGGAACCAUUUUCAAACUAAUCGACAAUAGGCAUUCAAAACACACCUGUAUCCUAAUCAUUCGAAAUAUAUUCAAAAGAUUUUGUUUUAUAAUGAUUUGACAUGAUUGAAAAUAACAAAUAACAUAUCUAAGUCUACCAUACAUGGAAUAUGUGUAUUUAAAUCUGACUAACUGUAACAUAUAGCCAGUGUAUUAAACACAAACAUCAGUCUUGAAUCUUUGACCACCAGGAUCCAUUGGGAUGAGGGAAGGUACAGACUGUAGGUGAGAUGUGGCAGAAAACACGUCUAACGUUAUAUUCUGAAGGGUGAAAAUCAUCAAUUGAGCCACACUGCAACACCACUCUUGAAAACCUUGAAGGCGAAUACUGGAGGCUGAAGUUUCAGGAGUGUGGCCUGUGACCUGAACUGGUGUGCACUCUUACGGUGGUUUUAGUAGUAUUUACAAAACACCCUGAAGGGCAUGUUGCUAAUGUUAAACACCCGGAUUAAUUUUAUCAUGUAAAAUAUUGUUAUACACUAUAUAAAUACAGCCACCCUUAAACCUCGCAAAACGGGUGACUUUACCCACUAAUUAAUUUUACUACAUUCCAAGAAUUAAAUUUAAUCACAUUAAGUACCAAUCAGAUAAACUACAAUUUCAAUCAUUAUCUAACUGGUUCUGGAGGGUCUACUGCCUUGUCCAUUUGGCCAUUUAAUGGCCCCUCAAACUAAGUGGGUUUGAGGCUAUUCAUGUCACAUAA